AUGAGUACCCUCAAAAAAGGCAAAAAAUUAAACUUCCUCGAAAUAGUAGUAUUGGAAACGCCCCCUCAUAUACAACAACAACAACGACGAGACAAUAGACAGAGACGGAAUAAUCGAUUGCUAUUAAUAGCUUUUACAAUGUUGUUAAAAUUUGUGGUGGGUGGUCGUGGUCGUGAUGUUAAAACAACCAACGAGCAACAAAUAAAACUAAAAGUUACUUAUACAUUUUUCAAGAAUCAUCACUAUCCAUCCUCAUCCUCAUCAUUAUCAUCAUUAUUCUUUUUAAAUUUCUAG